AUUUUCAUUUUUUUUCCAUGUGGAAUGGUUUCAGUCCCAUAAUGUUGUUUAUUCCAGGUGGAAUGGUUUCAGUCCCAUAAUGUUGUUUAUUCCAGGUGGAAUGGUUUCAGUCCCAUAAUGUUGUUUAUUCCAGGUGGAGUGGUUUCAGUCCCAUAAUGUUGUUUAUUCCAGAUUGAGUGGUUUCAGUCCCAUAAUGUUAUUUAUUCCAGGUGGAGUGGUUUCAGUCCCAUAAUGUUGUUUAUUCCAGGUGGGAUAGUUUCAGUCUCAUAAUGUUGUUUAUUCCAGGUGGAGUGGUUUCAGUCCCAUAAUGUUGUUUAUUCCAGGUGGAGUGGUUUCAGUCCCAUACUGUUGUUUUUUCCAGGUGGAAUGGUUUCAGUCUCAUAAUGUUGUUUAUUCCAGGUGGAGUGGUUUCAGUCCCAUAAUGUUGUUUAUUCCAGGUGGAAUGGUUUCAGUCUCAUAAUGUUGUUUAUUCCAGGUGGAGUGGUUUCAGUCCCAUAAUGUUGUUUAUUCCAGGUGGAAUGGUUUCCGUCUCAUAAUGUUAUUUAUUCCAGGUGGAGUGGUUUCAGACCCAUACUGUUGUUUUUUCCAGGUGGAAUGGUUUCAGUCCCAUAAUGUUGUUUAUUCCAGAUGGGAUGGUUUCAGUCCCAUAAUGUUGUUUAUUCCAGGUGGAGUGGUUAGUCUCAUAAUGUUGUUUAUUCCAGGUGGAGUGGUUAGAGUCUCAUAAUGUUGUUUAUUCCAGGUGGGAUGGUUUCAGUCUCAUAAUGUUGUUUAUUCCAGGUGGAAUGGUUUCAGUCCCAUAAUGUUGUUUAUUCCAGGUGGAGUGGUUAGAGUCUCAUAAUGUUGUUUAUUCCAGACAGGAGUCUGUUAUCAGGACACCCAGCUGUCUUGACCAAUGACAGAAUACUUGAGAUAGACAAGAUGGUGGCGUAAAUUUUUUGGGGAUUACUUCAUGGAGCAAAAAUAACAGAGCAUUUUCUAAAUUCAAACUGACCCCCCUGCAACUGGACAAUUACAUUUUAUGAGACUCCUGUUUCCUCUAAUCGAGGAUGAAGACGGUAUCGGCAAGUAUUGGUCGAAAAUCUUCUGUGUUACACCAAACGGUACCUAACCGGUAACUCUCAGUAUAGUGGAUACCACCUUCUUUGGGUUAAAUCACAUUAUCUGGUGUUAUAAUCUAUAGCUAAGUCUGUGAGGGGGGUCUUGGGGAAAAAAAGGAACUAUGAUUAAGUGAAUGGAUCACACACUAAGUCAAUCAAAAGUGCCAGAUGGACAUUGUGACGUGUAGAAUAUCAUGUGUAAGGAAGAAUGUUGUAAAUGUUUAGUGAGUGGACCAUGAUCUUUUGAUCGUGUUUUUUGCAUUAUUAAUAUGCUGUUAAUCUGAUGAUGUAUUUCUCAUGUCUACAUCUGUUUAUGUAUGUGCUUGAAAAAUAAUUACCAUUUUAAAAUUCAUGUUUUGUAUAUUUAAACAUUUGUCUUUCUAAAACAUUACAAUUUACCCGAUUUCAUAACGUUGUGAUGUGGAACUACAAGUCCCAUCUGCCAUUAGUCUGGUUUAGUAAUUCUGCUGGUCGACCAAGCAUGUUCACACUGUUGGGACUACAAGUCCCAUCUGCGAUUAGUGUAGUUUAGUAAUGCUGCUGGUCGACCAAGCAUGUUCACUCUGUUGGGACUACAAGAUCCAUCUGCCUUUAGUCUAGUUUAGUAAUGCUGCUGGUCGACCAAGCAUGUUCACUCUGUUGGGACUACAAGUCCCAUCUGCCAUUAGUGUAGUUUAGUAAUGCUGCUGGUCGACCAAGCAUGUUCACUCUGUUGGUGUGUUGACGUGAAUUCCCCUCGCAGUUCCCGGGAGCAGCGCACAGAACCACACCACCACCAUGCCUGAGGGUCCAGAGUUACACUUGGCCAGUCUGUUUGUCAACAGGAUGUGUGGGGGAGUGGUCUUCACCGGCCCAGUACAAAAAUCAGAGGUCAGUAAGAACCCUGAGGUCUCCUUCUCCUGCCCGGCCUACACCAUCAUCGCCACCUCCAGAGGCAAGGAGGUCCGCCUCACUCUAACCCCCCAGAAGAGUGACUCUGCCCAGGGGAGAUGCAGGCGGGGGAAGACAGGUCAGGUCAACCAGGUCCAGACCAUGGACAUCGUCUUCCGUUUCGGAAUGUCUGGAUUCUUCCGUUUCACCACGGAGGCGGAGCUUCCUAAACAUUCCCACCUGCGGUUCUACACCAAUGAGAAGCCCUGUAGGGUUCUGAGCUUUGUGGACACACGCCGCUUUGGCAGCUGGCAACCCAACGGGACCUGGCAACUCAACCGAGGGCCCUGUAUCAUGUUUGAGUACCUGAGCUACAGGGAGAAUGUCCUUUCCCACCUGUCCGACAGAGCGUUCGACCGGCCCAUCUGUGAGGUUCUGUUGAACCAGAAGUACUUUAACGGCAUUGGCAACUACCUGAGAGCUGAGAUCCUCUUUAGAUUAAACAUCCCUCCCUUUGUGAAGGCUCGGACGGUUCUGGAAGGACUUCAAACACAUCUGUCCGACGAGGACCGGAAGUCAGUUGUUAAAGUGGAGGUCACAGACACAGAAGUCAAAGAGGAGGUCACCAACACCGAGGUCAAAGAGGAGAACACCGACAGAGAAAUCUCAGACAGAGCUGCUGUGAAGGAGGAUGAGAGUGAGACUCCAGACCUGCUCCGUCUCUGUCACACAGUACCUCUGGAGGUCAUCAAGUUAGGUGGUAAAGGUUACGACCCAGAGAAAAUGGACUACACUGACUUUAAAUCGUGGCUCCAGUGUUACUGUGUGAAGGGGAUGAAGUCUGUAAGAGAUCACAACGGCAGAACUAUGUGGUUCAAGGGAGAUCCAGGUCCCAUGGCUCCUAAAGAUGCCAAAACAAAGAUGAUAGUGAAGAAAGAGGAUGACCAUGAUUAUAAAGGGGGAAAAAAGGUAAAGAAGGCCCGCUCUGAGAGCACGGUGAAGCCAAAAUACAUAAAGGAAACGGUGCAGGAAAAGGAAGUCCCUCAGAGACGGGCAGGAAGGAGGAAGUAAACAUGACCUCAGCAGAAGAGCACCAGUACAGAGUCCAGUGAGAUGAGAAGCUUUUUGAUAAUUUGUCCUUCAACUUUGCCUGCGUCAUGUGAUUUGUCAUGAUUUAUGAAUCCUCCGUGUUCCAGCCCCACACGGUUUCUGGUGGGACCAGAAACCGUGCCAGACAGUAGAAGAAUAUUGUCCAUUUUCAUGCAGGAAACAAAAAGUGUAUAUUUUUUUGUUGCUUUCAAUCCAGACGCUGCUAGGUAGAACAAGCAAGUAGCUGUAGGAACAGAGCCAUUACUGAACGGGGCCAUUUUAAAAAUAAAACUGUCUAUGAUAUGUGUUCUAUGCAAGAGAAAUCCCCUUUUUGUACCAUGUAAUAAACCACGUUUGAUAUCA